GAGUCCCUGGACCUCCUGGAACUUCUGUCAUGCUGCCUUUCCGCUUUGGACAGAGUGGAGGAGACAAGGGUCCCUCAGUGUCCGCACAAGAAGCCCAGGCAGCAGCCAUCUUGUCUCAGGCGAGGAUGGCUCUGAAAGGACCCCCUGGGCCGAUGGGAUUCACUGGACGCCCUGGACCCCUGGGCGACCCGGGAAGUAAUGGCCUGAAGGGAGAAAGUGGAGACCCUGGUCCUCAGGGUACAAGGGGACCCCCAGGUAUGAUGGGACCUCCAGGAAAAGCAGGAAGAAGAGGUCGUGCUGGAGCUGAUGGUGCCAGGGGAAUGCCAGGAGAGUCUGGAACUAAGGUGACCUCUUUUUGA